CCUUGGACAAAUGAUGUGGGUCUCUGUUUGGCGUUCCUCCUCUUUCCCACCCCUCUCUCUCUUUCUCUCUCUUUCUCUCCCCCAGUGUCUCCAUCUCAUACUCCACUGCUGUCUUCAUCAACAGAGGGACAACAGCUGAGGAAACUUGAUAGCACUCCAUCCCCUUCUCUUCUCCUCUUCCCUUUUUCUUAAUCUCCUCUUCUUUUCUUCUCUCUAUCCCUCUCUCAUUCUCCAGCAGCGAUGUAGUUCUCUCUCAAACUUUAACAGCUGUUUGGCAAUGAAGUCUUGACUCAUAUCCAUCACGUGUGGACUUCCAUGGAUUCGUUCCCUGCUUCUUUUUGAGAUAUUUCCAGAGCCGCCUCUCUUCAUUCAUCUUCUGUUUACCUUGUCGUGUUGGUGUGUAUUUGGACCAUGGCCAUGAAGGAAACCAUACUUCCUAUUAGUGAGGUGUCGAGUCCGUACCCGGAGAUUGUGGAACUCAACGUUGGUGGCCAGGUGUACGUCACCAAGCGCUCCACCCUAGUCAGCGUACCUGACACCACCCUCCACACCAUGUUCACGCGGUGCAGCCCGCACGAGUUGCCCCGCGACAGCCGAGGACGCUUCUUCAUUGACCGUGAUGGGUUCUUGUUCCGAUACGUGCUGGACUUCCUACGGGACCGCCAGCUCGUGCUACCAGAACACUUCCCGGAGCGGGAACGUCUUCAGCGUGAGGCCGAGCACUUCCAGUUAGGGGAACUGCUUAGACUUUUGGGCCCACGUGUAUCUAAGCAAGGCUCGCUCAAUGACGAAGGCUGCCAGAGCGACAUUGAGGAAAGUUCGCAGAGUAGCGAGUUGGUGACUCGAACUGGAAACUGUGCCAUCACCUACGCGUCUUCCUCUUCCACCCUGGACAAGAGGUCUGGGUUUAUUACAAUAGGUUAUCGGGGAUCCUACACAAUGGUGAGGGAUAACCAAGCUGAUGCUAAGUUUCGCCGUGUGGCACGGAUCAUGGUCUGCGGGCGGAUCGCCCUGGCAAAGGAAGUGUUCGGAGACACUCUAAAUGAAAGUCGAGACCCAGACCGUCCACCAGAGAAGUAUACCUCCCGCUUCUACCUGAAGUUCACCUACCUGGAGCAAGCGUUCGACAGGUUGAGUGAGGCUGGGUUCCAGAUGGUGGCCUGCAACUCAAGUGGGACAGCUGCAUUCGUUAACCAGUACAGAGACGACAAGAUCUGGAGCAGCUACACGGAGUACAUCUUCUUCAGACCUGCGUGCAAGUCAGCAUCCCCUAAACUGGAGCGUGAGGAGCCCAAGCCUGAGAAACUGCUGGAUAAGGCAAGUGAGAGCGGAGCCUCAUUGAACGAGCUCUCCACAUCCAGCUCUGAGACCCACUCUGAGGCCACGUCUCCCCAGGACGGGGGUCCCAUCCUGGUGUCACGCGGUGAGGUUGUUGGGGGCUCGCUGGCUCCAUGCGGUGCCCUACACUCCGUAUCUCGACCUCCGAGCACUCUUACUCUGGGCCGACCGCCCAAGAAAGGAUCUUCGGUGCAGUGGAUGGAGAUGCCGGAUAAGAGGCGGAACAGCGAGCUGUUCCAGUCCCUCACUAGCGGGGUUGGUCCGAGGGAAGGUGUGGGAAGCGGUCUUACCCGGAGGAAGACUCUGGAGAGGCCCAGCGUGGAGGAGGAAAUGAAAGAGUGCAUCCAAGAUUUCAGAAAAAUCAAGAUCCCUCCGGCGUUCCCAGAGCGCAAACGGCAGUGGCAGUCAGAACUGCUUCAGAAAUACGGCCUAUAAAGAAAACUCAGGAUAGGCCACUGGGAUAAACUAUCGAACCGAUUCACACUAGCAGAAUAGAUUGCCCAACAGACUUUAAAGCCCUCAAAGGCCUUGAUUCAUAACGAGAAACCAAACAACUGAGUAUCAGAAAAGAGAAUAAAAGAACUUGAGCCAACGAAACGUUCCACUUUGCUCUGUUUUUGUUCAGAUUGACAGCACCAUUCAUAUCUUUGAACUAUACUUUAAAAAUCUACCGAAAAGUGUUGAUGGAGAAUGUUUCAAUGAAAAGCCAUUCCAUCUAGAGUCAUCUAAACAAACCUUUCUGUUGUCCAGAAGGUCUGCAAAUAGGGCUCAUAGUAUAUCUCUAUAAACUAUUAACUAUACAUUCAUCAAAUUGCAGUUAAUCACAUAUAUAUCAGCAUUUUCUAAAAAAAAAAAAAAAAAACCAUUUUGCAGCCAAGUCUAUAUCAGUCCUGAGCUGUUCGCAUAGGACACUUCCAUAUAUUGCUUAAUUUUUUAUUUAUGUUCACAAAUUAUAGAUGGAUGUCUUUGCAUCAUUUCUUGUGUCAUAUCUGUUUUUGGUUUUUGUUUUCAUUAUGUGUCACAUUCAAAAAUGUUUUAAGUCUUGUGCCACAUUAAAUGUGUUCAUUUAUUGGAAUAAAUUAUAUUAUAUGGAUGUUAAACUGACAGCCAUAAUUCUAUACAAUAUAUUUAAAUAUAUAAACAUACAGCUGUACUUUUGCUGAGAAUCAUUAAGCCAGGAUUGGAAGGUACGAUGAACAAGUAGCACAUAAUCUAAAAUCCUAACUGGAAUAUAAGAGGAUAUGGAGAUUUUAUAUUAGCAGCGUAAAAUGAGGACAGAUAUAUAAUAUAAUGGAUAAAUUAUCUUCUCAUUCCAUCCCUUCAAAUGACCUAAUUGUUGCAUUUAUAUAAUGGGCUGCAAUGUACAUCAUCUACACACUGGUUUUUCUCUGUGUGAGGUUUCUCUGACUUAUGCCUAGAAACUGUCCAUUGUCUGGACUGCUUUUACUAUGAAUUUUUGUUUUGUGCCAUUCGUUUUCUAAAAUGUUUGUGUGUGUGCUUCUGUCCAUAAUUGUGCACACAUAUUUCUUAAUGUAAAUUUCUAUAGAGCCAUUUGUGACAGAAAUGAGGAUUUGGAAUCACACAAAAAAUGUGGAAAAGAAGGAAGUGUGUUGCUACAAAUUAUUCAUAUUAAUCCUAGAUUUGGUUCCAGAGCUGGAUUAUGAAGAAGGCCAGGAGUUAAGCUCCAAAGAUACAUGUCCACGGUUGGUUCCCCUACGGUUUGUCUCAGUGCGAAACCUUAAUGUGAAAAAAUCUUUAAGAAUUGAUCUUUUUGACACGUUUGAGUUUGAGCCUAGCCAGAUUUCUUUUUAAAUGAGAAUUAGCUAUGGCAGUGAGCCAGUAGCUUAAUCCACGUGCUGAAAAUGGUUCCAAGAUAUUGUUUAUAGCAGGGCAUCAUUCCAGACUCUGGGAAUGAUCUUUCCAUCUGCCGUCGGCUGCAUAUCAAAUGUCAGCGAGCAUUCACAGUGCAUUCUCCAUAAAGACUUGUGUCUGAGAGAUAUUAGAUGAUUGCCCUCUAAUUGAUGUGUAUGGAGUCCUACGCACGUUUAAAGCACAACAUGCUGUAAAUGCCGGUUUGAGAUAUGUUAUGGUCUCAAUCCAGGACACAGGUUUGAAAAGCACAAGGCACAGUUGACACUGUUAUCCUAGAACUAUAAUGUUUAAAUCAGGACUUAGUGUUAGUCUACUGUGAAGACUGAAAUGCUCCAAAAUUUGUGAAGACAUUUGUUGUUAUAUCUAUUGAUUUGCCUCGGUGUCCCGUAAUAAAAGUGUCAUGUUAUAAUAGGC